GAAAACGAUGCGCUUUCAGGAGUCAUCGAAGACCAAGGGAUUCCGCACACUCUUUGCGAGAAACGGCAUUCCAUGCUACUUGCUGGAUGAGUAUCAAACGUCGUCCGUGUGCCCCGACUGCCACGGCCGUGUGAAGAAAAACAUCCGACAGCGGCUGUCAUCUCGGCCGUGGCAAGUUCAAAGGGGAAGAAUGGAAUACGUCCAUGGAUUGGUGGGUUGCCCCAACCCUGAAUGUAUCAACCAAGACUGGACACCAUUUGAGAUUCCUGGAAGACGACCACUACGACUACGGAUGAGAAUGCACAAUCGGGACGUCCUGAGCACCAAGAAUUUCCUCUCGAUUGUGCGUUCGGUGGUGUUUGGCAAUGGCCGCAGACCAGACGCAUUC